UCUCACGCCCUAUUCUCAAUAGGUCAUGGAGACUCCUCUCAGGAAAGUGAACCGUUCCUUUUGCACGGCAGAAUUUCCGGGCUUUUGCCGGCUGCUGGGACUGUAUUCCCGACUUCGACCAUCUUAAAGUCGUGAUGCUCCGCGCACCUCGUGCGAUCGUCCUAAGGUCUGUCUGGCUUAACUAUAAUAUUUCGGAGAUCCGAAUUUUCAGUAUUUCCCCCAAAGACAGUCGUUCGUCUAUACAUUAACGUUACGGCAUCUCGUCAAACCAGCCAGGGCUCACAAUGGACGAGAAAAUUGCCCCAUUGCCUGUCCUAGACGGGGAAGACGUAACAGAGGUACCUCCAAUUAACACUCUUGAGGAGACCAGAGAGCGUUGGAACGGGACCCGCAUCAAUACUUAUCGCUUUUUCGUGACCUGUUGGAGCUUCAUCAUCAUGGGCAUGAAUGACGCUGCCGUCGGUGCCCUAAUUCCUUAUAUCGAAACGUACUACAACAUCACGUAUACCGUCGUCGCCCUACUCUUCCUCUCGCCAUUCAUUGGCUACUUGGUGGCGGCCCUAUCCAACAACCUCAUACAUCACAAGCUCGGUCAGCGAGGCGUUGCAGUACUUGGCCCUAUCAGCCGCAUGAUCGGUUACAUCCCUCUUGUCUCCCAUCCGCCUUACCCAGUCCUCCCUGUCGUCCUGCUAUUCGCAGGCUUCGGAAACGGCCUCGAAGAUAGCGCCUGGAACGCAUGGGUCGGCAAUAUGCAAAACGCCAACGAGCUGCUUGGGUUUCUUCACGGUGCAUAUGGACUGGGCGCGACCAUCGGCCCUCUGGUCGCCUCCGCUAUGGUGACUAAGGGCAAGCUGCCGUGGUACUCCUUCUACUAUGUCAUGAUUGGCGUCACCGCGGUGAACUUCGUGGCCGCCAUCACGGCGUUCUGGGGCGCCACUGGCAAGAUACACAGGGAAACCCACCAGUCUUCGACGGGGGAGAAGAGGACGACAACUAUGACUGUGGUGCGUCAACCACUCACCUGGCUUCUGGCUUUGUUUCUGUUGGGCUAUGUCGGAGCAGAAGUCAGCCUGGGUGGGUGGGUUGUUACCUUCAUGCUUCGCGUAAGGCACGCUGAGCCUUUCUUGGCUGGCGUCACCGUGGUGCUGUUCUGGCUGGGACUGACGAUAGGACGAGUCAUUUUGGGCUUCAUAACGGGGCGCAUAGGAGAGAAGCGCGCGAUCGCCAUCUACCUUGUCAUCUCACUCGUUCUUGAACUGCUCUAUUGGCUCGUUCCUAAUUUUGUCGCCUCCGUCAUCUUCAUCACGUUCCUCGGCUUCUUUCUUGGCCCCCUUUUCCCCGCCGUGAUCGUUACCGCAACCAAAUUGCUCCCCAACGACUACCAUGUGGGCGUGAUUGGAUUUGCUGCGGCCUUUGGUGGCGGCGGUGCAGCGAUCUUCCCAUUUGCCAUCGGGGCCAUCGCCCAGAGCAAAGGCGUCCAGGUGCUACAGCCAAUAAUCCUGGCCCUUCUAAUAUUUCUUCUACUCUUGUGGCUUUGUGUUCCUGGGGGAUUCAAGAGAGGCGGGCUCGAGAGGGCACGAGAGAACAAAGAGGGCCUUGGUAGCGAUGUCAAGAGUCUAUUUUCUUCGAUGAAGCGAUUGCUUCGAGGCCGAGGCUAA